AUGGCUGCAAUUACUAGCAGCCGGCGCAUGAGCUUGGGCUCCCUGAGUUCGAGAAGCUGGGCCUCGGCUAGUGUGAGGGAGGUUUUCACUGCACCUGGGCAGGACACCUUUGGGAGGAGUGGGAGAGAGUAUGACGAUCAAGAGGAGCUCAUUUGGGCUGCCAUCGAGCGGCUCCCGACUUAUGACCGUACGAGAAAAGGGAUUCUGAAGAAAGUGUUGGAAGAUGGAAAGGUGGUUCGUGAGGAGGUUGAUUUCACCCAUCUUGGGGACCAACAAAAGAAGCGUCUCAUGGAGAGCAUACUCAGAGUUGUAGAUGAUGAUAAUGAGAGGUUCUUGCGCAGCCUCAGAGAUAGAACUGAUCGAGUUGGCAUUGAUAUUCCGAAAGUGGAAGUUCGUUUUGAGCAUCUCUCUAUCACGGGGGACACACAUGUUGGGUCGAGGGCGCUUCCAACUCUGUUGAACUCUACAUUAAACGUGAUAGAGGGGAUUCUUGAGAAAGUGAGGAUCAUCCCUUCAAAGAAAAAGGCUGUCAGUAUACUUGAUGAUGUUAGCGGCAUCGUGAGACCUUCGAGGAUGACACUACUUCUCGGGCCUCCAGGCGCUGGAAAAACUAUACUGCUAAAGGCUCUUGCAGGAAAGCUCGACAAAGAUCUUAAGGUAAAUGGAAAAAUCACCUACUGUGGUCACGAGCUCAUGGAGUUCGUUCCCCAGAGGACAUGCUCUUACAUAAGCCAACAUGAUCUUCACCAUGGAGAGAUGACUGUGAGGGAGACAUUAAAUUUUUCGGGACGUUGUUUGGGAGUCGGAACUAGGUACGACCUUCUUGUUGAAUUAGCAAGGCGAGAAAAAGAGUCCGGGAUUAAACCGGACCCUGAAAUCGAUGCAUUCAUGAAAGCCACAGCCGUAGCUGGCCAAGAAUCAAGUCUAGUAACAGACUAUGUGCUCAAGAUUCUUGGUUUGGAUAUAUGUGCUGAUAUAUUGGUUGGAGAUGAGAUGAGACGUGGAAUAUCAGGUGGACAGAAAAAGCGGCUCACGACAGGUGAAAUGUUGGUGGGACCAGCGAAAGUUUUCUACAUGGAUGAAAUAUCGACCGGUCUCGACAGUUCGACUACUUUUCAAAUCGUUAAGUACAUGAGGCAGAUGGUUCACAUCAUGGAUGUGACCAUGAUAAUAUCCCUCCUCCAACCCGCACCCGAAACUUUCGAGCUUUUUGAUGACGUUAUUUUGCUCUCGGAAGGUAAAAUUGUCUACCAGGGUCCUCGUGGGAACAUCCUCGAGUUUUUCGAGAGUGUUGGGUUCAAGUGCCCAGAGAGGAAAGGUGUAGCUGACUUUCUACAAGAAGUCACCUCAGUAAAAGACCAAGAGCAAUACUGGUUCAAGAAAAACGAGCCUUAUAGAUAUAUUUCGGUGGAAGAGUUUGUGGACCACUUCAGAUCCUUCCAUAUAGGACAGAACCUUUGUGAUGAGCUGGCGGUACCAUAUGAUAGAUCGAAAGCCCAUCCAGCUGCAUUGGUGACCGAAAAAUAUGGGAUCUCGAACAUGGAGCUUUUCAGGGCGUGUUUGUCCCGGGAAUGGCUUCUGAUGAAGCGGAAUUCUUUCUUGUAUAUAUUCAAGACUUUCCAGAUAACUAUAAUGUCGAUAAUUACGUUCACGGUGUUUUUCAGAACAGAAAUGAGGUCCGGGCAGUUGGUGGAUGGAGGGAAAUUUUAUGGUGCAUUGUUUUUCAGCCUCAUUAAUGUGAUGUUUAAUGGCACAGCAGAGCUUGCUCUGACAGUUCUUAGGCUUCCCGUGUUUUUUAAGCAAAGGGAUGCUCUGUUUUAUCCGGCUUGGGCCUUUUCCUUACCAAUUUGGCUUGUGAGGAUCCCGCUUUCUCUUAUGGAAUCAUUGAUAUGGAUUGUUCUUACUUAUUAUACUAUUGGAUUCGCUCCUGGGGCUGACAGAUUUUUCCGCCAAUUGCUGGCAUUUUUUGCACUGCAUCAGAUGGCUUUAUCCCUAUUCAGAUUUAUUGCCGCACUUGGACGAACACAGGUUGUUGCAAACACUUUGGGUACUUUCACUUUGCUGAUGGUCUUUGUUCUUGGUGGUUUUAUUAUUGCCAGAGAUGACAUCGAGCCAUGGAUGAUCUGGGGCUACUAUAUUUCUCCCAUGAUGUAUGGUCAGAAUGCUAUAGCCAUCAACGAAUUUUUGGAUGAAAGAUGGAGCACCCCAAACCCCGACAGCAGAUUUAAUGAGCCAACAGUUGGCAAGGCUCUUCUGAGGAUGAGGGGCAUGUUUACAGAGGAUUAUAUGUACUGGAUAUGUGUUGCUGCUCUAUUUGCCUUCUCUAUUUUCUUCAACAUCUGCUUCAUUAUCGCACUCUCGUAUCUGAACCCUUUCGGAGAUUCAAGGUCUGUUACUGUGGAUGACAGUGACAAGAAGAAAAAGAAUCUUGCCGCCUCAGAAAAUUUGAACAAUGAUAGAACUGAAGCCUCUCAAGCAGAAACUGCGAAUGCGAAGAAGGGAAUGGUGCUCCCAUUCACCCCGUUGUCACUAGCAUUUGACCAUGUGAACUACUAUGUUGAUAUGCCUGCUGAAAUGAAAAAGAGUGGGAUUGAAGAAACUCGUCUUCAACUACUGAGAGAUGUUAGUGGAGCCUUCAGGCCUGGAGUCUUGACUGCACUAGUCGGCGUGAGUGGGGCCGGCAAGACGACCCUUAUGGAUGUAUUGGCAGGAAGAAAAACAGGUGGAUAUAUCGAGGGCAGUAUAAGCAUUUCUGGUUAUCCCAAGAAUCAGUCGACUUUUGCCCGGAUAAGCGGCUACUGUGAACAGACUGAUAUACAUUCUCCUCAUGUGACUGUGUACGAGUCGAUUGUUUACUCUGCCUGGUUGCGUCUUUCUCCGGAUGUGGACAAGGAAACACGCAAGAUGUUUGUUGAACAAGUGAUGGAGCUGAUCGAGCUGAAUCCCUUGAAAAAUGCCUUAGUGGGGCUUCCUGGAGUUGAUGGCCUGUCGACAGAGCAGAGGAAGAGGCUCACGAUAGCGGUUGAACUUGUUGCCAACCCGUCCAUAAUCUUCAUGGACGAGCCGACUUCCGGACUCGAUGCCCGAGCAGCUGCCAUCGUCAUGCGCACGGUUCGAAACACGGUCGACACGGGCCGCACGGUCGUGUGCACCAUCCAUCAACCGAGCAUAGAUAUUUUCGAGGCUUUUGACGAGCUGUUGCUGAUGAAGAGAGGAGGACAAGUUAUUUAUGCUGGGCCUCUCGGACAUCAUUCUCAUCUAUUAGUAGAAUACUUUCAGUCUGUUCCUGGGGUUCCUGAGAUUAAGGAAGGCUACAAUCCUGCCACUUGGAUGCUGGAUGUUACAACUCCUGCCAUGGAAGCUCAACUUAACGUUGAUUUUGCUCAAAUUUAUAAUAACUCUGAUCUUUACCGGAGGAAUGAAGAACUAAUUAAACAACUUAGCUUGCCAGCACCAGGGUCUGAAGAUCUAUAUUUCCCAACCCAAUUCGCUCAGUCUUUCAUUAAUCAAUGCAAAGCAUGCUUUUGGAAACAGCAUUUAUCCUACUGGAGGCAUCCUCAGUAUAAUUCCAUCAGGUUUUUUAUGACGGCCAUCAUUGGAAUUAUAUUUGGAGUCAUAUUCUGGGACAAAGGGGGACAAUUGUCUACACAACAAGAUCUAAUGAACCUGCUUGGAGCCAUAUACUCUGCUGUUAUGUUUCUUGGAGGCACAAAUACUUCUGCUGUUCAGUCGGUUGUGGCUGUAGAAAGAACAGUCUUUUACCGUGAAAAGGCAGCUGGGAUGUAUUCAGCAUUGCCUUAUGCAUUUGCUCAGGUGGCAAUCGAGACAGUUUAUAUAUCAAUUCAGACCUUCAUAUACAGCCUUCUCCUUUACUCGAUGAUUGGGUUCGAUUGGCGGGCGGAUAGAUUCUUUUGGUUCUAUUUUUUUGUAUUUAUGUGUUUCGUAUACUUCACUUCGUAUGGCAUGAUGCUUGUGGCAGUCACCCCAAAUUACCAGAUUGCGGCAAUUGUCAUGUCAUUUUUCCUCAGCUUCUGGAAUUUGUUCUCAGGUUUCCUCAUUGCAAGAACGGAUAUUCCUAUAUGGUGGAGAUGGUACUAUUGGGCUUCGCCUGUCGCAUGGACUAUAUACGGGCUUGUGACUUCUCAGGUGGGAGACCGGACGGACCCUAUUCAAAUACCGGGUAGUGGUGAUAUUCCUUUAAGAGAAUAUCUCGAGAAUUCCUUGGGAUACGAUUACGACUUCCUGGGACCGGUCGCCGGGGCCCACAUCGGUUGGGUCAUUCUUUUCUGUAUCGUUUUCGCUUACGGCAUCAAGUUCCUCAACUUCCAAAAGAGACAUGCUGAAGCGGCGAGGGCCGCAUACAAAAUCGUGAGUUCGUAUCAAGGCACAAGGGUAGCAAUAAGCACAAGCGCACAACGGCUCGGUGAACUGGCCACGACAGUGACGGGCUAUGGUGAACGAACUGGCCACGACAGUGAUGGGCUAUGGUGA